AUGUCAUUUUCCAGUGGAUUAGAUAUCUGUUCAUAUUCACAAUUCCCAGAUGAAGACGAAGUGCUACUACCAGCUGGAACAAAGUUUCUAAUCCAAAAGAUUGAAUGUGAAGAUAUACAAGAUAAAUACAAUAUACAUAUAAAGCUUCUUGCAAAAAACAAUAUCCUACAACAGCAACUUGAUAAAACUGACUGCGUGACAACAAUGCAACUGGCAAACAGUGAACUUGAUUAUCUCGAUAUGGAAAUACUGCUAAAAUACGUGAAAAACAAUCUCAGUCUUACCACUAUAGAUCUUUCACACAAUCGAAUAUAUGAACAAGCCGCUGAAGCAUUGGUAGAUAUCCUAAAAUCCAACAAAACCAUUACUACUCUUCAACUUACAUCGAACCAACUAUAUGACAAAGGAGCUGAAGUACUUGGGAAUGCACUGAAAGUCAAUACAACUCUGAAAAAUCUUAACCUUAGAGACAACGGAAUAUCUGUCAAUGGAACUGACGCAUUGCGUGAUGCACUGAAAGAAAAUCAAACUCUCACUAAUCUUAACCUUGCAUGCAAUCGAAUAUCUAACGAAGGAGCUGAAGUGAUCGCCAAUGCAUUGAAAGUCAAUCAUACUCUUACUACUCUCAAUCUUGGACUUAAUCAAAUAUCUGACAAAGGAGCUGAAGCACUCGCUGAUGCGUUGAAAUUCAAUCUAACACUUAUUACCCUUGAUCUGCAUCGGAAUCUCAUCACUGAGAAAGGAGCUCAAGCACUCGCUGAUGGAUUAAAAGCAAAUAAAACUCUUCAUACUCUUAAUCUUAGAUACAACAAAAUAUCUGAUCCAGGAGCCGAAAUACUAGCUGAGGCGUUAAAAGUUAACCAAACCCUUAAUACUAUUUAUCUUAAAUCCAACACCAUAUCUGACAAAGGCGCUCAUGCGCUCUCAGAUAUGUUGAAAGUCAAUCAAACUCUUACUUCUCUUUAUCUUGAAGACAACCAAAUAUACGACAAAGGAGCUCAAGCACUAGCUGACACAUUGAAAUUCAAUCAAACACUUAUUACCCUUGAUCUGCAUAGGAACCAAAUAUCUGACAAAGGAGCUGAAGCAUUCGGUGAUGCAUUGAUAGUUAAUCAAACUCUUAAUAUCCUUCAUCUCUACAUGAAUCAAAUAUCUGACAGAGCAGUUGAAGCGCUCUCAUACAAACUAAAAGUCCAUCAAGCUUGUACAACCGUUACCUUUAGAGACAACGAAAUAUUUGCAAAGGAAACUGAAGCAUUUGCGGAUGCAUUCCGACACGAUCCUACCAUUACUUCUGUUCAUCUUGCAGACGACGCAAUGAUGGACUUUGGGAUUGAAGCACUGGGCCAAGAAUUAGGAGUUCGUCGAGCUCCUACCUUACCUAACUCUACAUCGGACAGAAUUAUAGACACACGAGGUAACGUCCUCGCGGACAAAUUGCAAGUUCAUGAAAUUGUGACUACUCUUAAUCUUCAACAUAACCAGAUAUCUGACGAAGGAGUCCAAGCUGUCGCGGAUACAUUAAAAGUCAACCAAACACUAACUACCCUUUACCUUCAAAACAACCAAAUAUCUAAUAAAGGAGCAAAAACACUCGCUCUUGCAUUAAAAGUCAACCAAACUCUUACCACUCUGGAUCUUGAACACAACCAAAUAUCCAAUAGAGGGGCUGAAGCAUUGGCUGAUGCAUUGCAAGUCAAUCAAACUCUUACUAUUCUUAACCUUGGUUGCAACAGCAUAUCGGGAAAAGGAGCUCAAGUACUCGCGGAUGCAUUGAAAGUAAAUACAUUUCUUACUAGUCUUGAUCUUGGGCACAACGAAAUAUCUGACAAAGGAGCUCAAUCAAUCGCGGAUACACUGAAAGUCAACCAAAUUCUUACUACUCUUAUUCUUAGCAAAAACGAAAUAUCUGACAAAGGAGCUAAAGCACUUGCCAUGGCAUUGAAAGUCAAUCGAAAUCUUACUACUCUUGAUCUUCAAAACAAUCAAAUAUCUUACAAAGUAACUGAAGCAUUCAGUGAUGCAUUGAAAGUCAAUCAAACUCUUACUACUCUUAAUCUUGCUACGAACCAAAUAUCUACGAAAGGAGCUGAAAUAAUCGGGAAGGCAUUGAAAGUCAAUCAAACUCUUAUUGCUCUGGACCUGAGCUCAAACAACAUACUAGACAAAGGAGUUGAAGCACUCUCCAAUACAUUGAAAGUCAAUCAAACUCUUACUACUCUUGGUGUUUGGUACAACGGUAUAUCCGAGAAAGGAGCUGAAGCACUUGCUGAAGCAUUGAAAGUCAAUCAAACUCUUACCACUCUUGACCUUAACUGUAACAAAAUCUCUGACAAAGGAGCUGAAGUACUCGCAGAUGCAUUGAAAGUUAACAAAACGCUGACUACUCUUAACCUUAUAGCGAACCAAAUCUCUGACAAAGGAGCUGAAGCAUUAGCUGAUGCAUUGAUGAUCAAUGAAACCCUUACUGCUCUUAAUCUAGACAAAAAUCAAAUCACUGAGAAAGGAAUUGGUGCACUGUCUGACGCCGUCAAAUUCCGUCAACCUGUUACUACUCUUUGUCUUUUGCAAAAUCAAAUAUCUGCGAAAGAAGCUGAAGUUCUCGCGAAUACGCUGGAAGUCCAUGAAACUCUUACUACUCUUAGUCUUGAACACAACCAAAUAUAUGACAGGGAGCUCAAGCAAUCGCGGCCAUUUUGA